AUGAGCCAUGGUCUGUCUGCUGGAGUAUCUGCUACAUUAGGCGAUCGCGCCCUUCAGAUCUUAGUAGCGACAGGUAUUUCUUCAGACGCUGACCUGGCUUGCUUUUGGACAUCCCCGCAGGAGAUCGAGGGUGUAGUGCCCGGGGAUGUGUUGCAGGAGAUUCUGCAAGCUUGGCGCUUAGCAAAUCAACGCUUCGAGCUACAUGCGGUUCGUGAUGCCCUUCCUGGACCGACUCCGGCGAAGAUAGUGGUGGCUGCCGCUGCUAGGCCAAAGAAACGUUGUUUGCCUCCUGCCGCUUUGCAAGGAAAGGCUUGUCGUCUAAAAGGCCCGCAGCCUGUGGCUGCGACCAUCCCGGACCAUCUGCAAUCGAAGCGGGAGCAAGAGAUUCAGGCGAUGUUUGAGGUGGUUGUUGCCACUGGCUCAGCUAAUCUUCGCUUCUCUCCCACGGAGAUGGGACUGACUCAGGAUAUUAAGCCCCUAUUCGUGAGGCUCCUGGACAAGAUUUCUGAUGCCAGGGAGGUUUCUCAAGGUGGGCCCACGGCUGCGGUGAACGUCUUUAAUGGGCUUAAGUGGUGGCGCGAUUUUUUGGGAGUGCCGAUGCCGACGACCGAUCCGCUGGUCGCGAUGUACAAGAAUCCACCCCUGGGACAUGCGCCUAGGCAGAGGACUCCUCUGGCUUUGGGUGUCUUCUUUACGUUGUGCGCCAGGUUCGAGACAAGCACAGGCUCUGUUCGGGCUUUUCUGGCUUGGAUGCUUCUGCUCUGUACGGCAUGCCUCAGGUUCGCACAUCUUCAGAGAUCCAGUGGCUUGAAGUGUGAGGGUAGCCUGCUGUCGGCGAUUUGCCGAAUGGGCAAGAGGAAGGAGCAGGGUGUGCAGCAGCCAUUUGCAUGGUGCGUUCCGGCUUGCGUCCAACCGGGCGCUUGCAUCGCACCUACUUUGUUGCUGGAGUAUGGUGAGUUGUGCGUGGCUGUUGCAGAUGCACCAUUCAUCGUUCCUGACAUGCAGUUGCCAAAAUCGGGCCGACUCGAAGCUGGCACGCCCAAGAUUGCAUCCAAGAUGAGCCGGGCGAAGUUUUGUGACCUGUCUAGGAGUGUUCUACAAGCGAUUGGUGUCCAAGAAGAGGAUUUGGACCAGCUGUCUAGCUACUCUUGCAGGGUGCUUCUUAUGAGACGGCUGGCUAUCGGUAAUUGGGUUGAAGCACCGACGGAUCGAGUUACUGUUAAAAACUCCGCUUCCAGAAUGCCCAUUCGCUAUUCGGAUGAGAAGGCGGCAACUGCUGGGAUGGCCAAGAUGCGAUUGCUGGCGGCACUCAGUCUUGUCAGAGAGGCGUCAGGGGACAAGGUUCUGACGUGGUCUGAUGUUUCCCAGCUUCGGCCGAGUUCUGCUAAAGUUGAAAAGGUGAUCAAUUCACCGGAGUGGCUCAUGGAUGCAAAUGUGGCCCCCAAGCACGGCGAAGUGCUUGAGAGCCCACCUUGCGAGGCCAGUUCAGAUGGCAUCAGCUCGUCUUCGUCUUCAUCGAGUGAUUCUGACUCCGAAGCUUCGAACGAGGCUACUCCCUGUGCUGCGUGGUUCACACAACAUCCCAAGGGAUCUGUGCACCUUGUGCAGAAGCAAGCGGAGUGCAGAUUGGUUCCGUGGUGCAGGGACCUCCCUUUCGACGUGGUCCACGUUGAGAGGGGCUUUGGCACCGAUGUCGGUGAUGGUCGGUCCCUUUGCAGGAAAUGCUUGAGCAGGGACAGGGCGGAUGUUGCGGAUCCGGCCAUGGUGGAGCAAAGUGCCCAGGUGCAAACCUAUGAGGACUUGACGUAUGAGGUGGAGGCCAUGGAUGCCUUGCGCGGUGUGCUGCAGUCAGCUAAGACAUCCGAGCACGUGAACAGAUACCUCACUGAUACACUCAAGGUGGCUUCGAUUGAGGAUUUGGUGUUCCUUGUCUCAGCUGCAGCAUACGAGACAGAGUUGAAGUCUUUGGUCACGGACCAGGUUGAUGCGGUUAGGGAUGUUCCCAUCGAGCUGGCCAGACUGCGCGCUGCGUGGCGUAGGGCUAAGGCUGAGCUGCUCAAAGUCGAGGACAAGGCACGCCGAGGCGUCGCACCCGCGGAGGAGAUGGAUGAGACUUUGGAAUCGACCGUCCAAGAUGAUUUGAUGUCGAGGUUUGCGCGGUGUUAUUGGCAUAAAAUUUCAGUCCAUAUGAUGCCGUCUGAUGCAGUGCUGGCGAGAGUCUAUCGGGAAUUGACUCGAAACCUACCCACGGUGAUUCCAUUGACUAAGAUCCGGAGCUUGUUUCAGUCUCACAAGCCUACGGCUGAGAGGCGCAUUUCCUUGGGUGGAAAUGUCACAGUCAGAGUCGAUGAGCAGGAAUCGGCACCACUCCGCAAUGUCUUCGAUUAUUAUCAUGCUUUGCGUGUGCUUGGCAAUGCUUAUGCGAUUGCAGGGUCUAUUGAAGUGCCCAGCCAAAUUGAUCAGGGUAAGACGGUCAGGGUGUCGCCAUUCCAGACCCAGUUGGACUACGCUGAUUUCGUGCUCCGCAUGGCGAUGCAAUGGGAGGCGCCGCUGAGCUGGGUUAAGGAUAGGGAUGAGGCGACACGUGGCCGCAUGGUGGAGCUCAUGAGGAAGGCUCACCCUCGGGAUCGCCGGCUAAAAGGGUGCGCACUGGGUCGCACUACCGCGGCAAAGAGAUAUGCAAAAGGCGAAAUGAUCAGCGAGGAUGCUCUGACCCUUCCUGUGCAAAAGAGCAUCGGUGCGACGUCCUCGUGGAUGGUGAGGAUGGCCGCCUGGUUACAUGCGGGGAUCCUGUUCCAGGUUCAGCGGAGUGUUGCUGCGGACGGUUUGCGGGUAAGCGCCGAGGAUGAAGAUGGGGCCCUUCAUAGGUGCGUGCGAGUCUCCGUAGGCGGCUUCGUCUUUGGUCCGAUAAGGCCGUGGCUUCGGGAUGUGGGUCUUAAGUAUGUCGUGUACACAGGGGAUGCUCCUCUGCCGCAGAUCCCGUGGAAGCUACCAUGGGACGGGCCAAUUCUUGUCAUCUCCCUCUUUGAUGGCAUCAGUGCACUGCUUGUCGCCCUCAUGUGUAUGGGAGUUGUCUUUUCAGCGGUAGUGGCUGAGUCAGAUCCGGUGUUGCGAACGGCAGUGAGCAUGUGCUUUGGCAAUGUGUUCGUCCAGCACGAUGCUAGGCAACUUGAUUUGGCUGUGGUGCGCAAACUCUUGCAAGAAGGCGGCUACACUGCUGUACUGGUUGCAGGGGGCUCUCCGUGUCAGGAUGUGUCACCGUUGAACAGGAAAAGAAAGGGCUUGGCCAGUGAUCGCACUUUGCUUUUCAACUGCAUCCCUCAGGUGGCCCAGCAGUGUGAAUCCUUGCUUGAUGAGUUGGAGUUGAAUAUACCUGUGUUCCAGCUCCUUGAGAAUGUAGUUUCGGGUGGUGCCGCCGUUCUAGGAUGGAUUCGCGCCUGCCUUCGAUCCGACUGCGGAGGACCGAGGACUCUUGUGGAAGGGUCAAGAGUGGUGGCAGCCAUCGGCGUCCGAGCGGGCGGCCAUGAUGUGCCUCCCCGUAACUCCUUCCAUGUCCCCUCCAUCAUGAUUGCGUUGAUUCUACUGUUUCAGCUUGUCCCUCAGUGUGCUGCGAUACCAGCUGCGCGGUACGAGACAAUGGAAGGUCUCUUGACGGCACCGUUGAUCCAGGAGCGCUUGGAUGGCAUCUUUGCUGAGCUUGGAGUGCGGCUCCCUCCUAUGCAUGUUUCUGCUGAUGUUGAGCGGGCAGUGGCCCGUCUGCAGGUGUAUACCGUGGAUAGGAAGCAGCUUAGAGCUUUGCGUUGUCUUGAUAAGGCCCUUGACAGUCUGAAUGCGGAGCUCGUGAAGCUAAUGCCGGCUUCAGUCCAUGCCGUUGCUAAGAGGAAGCGCCCGGCCACAAUGACGGCCUUGGCUAUCCUGUUGGUGUGGCCUGAUGUUACCGUUGGCCUGCGGUUUGUUAAGGGUUUCAAGCUGCUUGGCAACAUUGAGGCACCGUCCCUUUUCCGAGAAGUGUCUCCGGUGAUCCCUCCUGUGGUAGGUUUGCAGGUUAAAGCAUUUACCUUGCAGGAAAUCCAAGAUGGUCUUGCGGAAGGCCCGUUCUCCGAGGAGCAGCUUCACGAGCGGUUUGGCCCUUUUUGUUGGGCGCCGAUGAGGCGUUUUAUGCAUCAGCAGUCCUGUGGCAAGCUCCGGCCCAUUGAUGAUGGGCGAAGCGGUGGUCAUAACAGUUGUGUUGUUGCAUCCGAAACGAUUUUCACGAGUUCGCCUGACUUUGUGAGUGCGGCGCUCAAGUAUUUGAUGCACUUGUUGCUUGAGUCGGCCGAAGAAGAUAUCGAGUGGGCUGCCCCCGUCUUUGGUUCGGAAGACAUGUCGGCAGCUUAUCGCCAGCUUCCGAAUGUCCCGGCGGAUGCCCCCGGAUUGGUGUUGGGGUACUGGGACCCUGAUUUGCGAGAGAUGCGAUUCGCUGUGCUAAGGGCUCACCCCUUUGGGCUCGCAAGUGCAGUGCUCAACUUCAACAGGAUCCCAUGCUUGGGUACAGCAUGCCUCCGGCGAUGUACCGCAUCCUGUGUCACACAUUUCUUCGAUGACUCAGGCAUCCUGGAUGUCUCAUCCUCUCAUGGUUCGGCGCAAGAGUGUGUGAACGUGCUGUACCAAUGCAUGGGUGUCCAGCUGGACCCGCCUAAGCAGCAGCCCAUGGCGUCUCAGAGAGUGUUCUUGGGUGUUUUGUUGAACUUGUCACGCACGCUUUUUGACCGCACCAUGCUUGUAGACAUUAAGCCUGGGUUGCGUGAAACCAUAUUUGCGGAUGUGCAGCGCAUGCUUGAUGCUGGGCGUUGCUCACCUGGAGAGGCAGCCAAAUUGUGUGGUCGUAUGGUCUGGGCUUCCUCCGCGAUGUUCGGCAGAUGUGGCCGUGGAGGGCAAGGACCGGUUUCGGACAGGCAGUAUGAUGUGGGGCAUUCUGAGCUCACACCCCACUUGACUGCGGCGUUGCACUAUGUCCAGGCGUUAGUUAAGGUUGUCCCUCCUAGGCUUGUUCCGUUGCAUGGGGUCCCCGUUUCGCCGGUAGUGAUUUACACGGAUGCCAGUUUUGAGCCAGCGCAUUUGACCUCGCCCGGUUUGGGUACGGUCCUGUUCGUACCAGGUUCGCAGCCGGCAGGUUACGCGGCAUGGGUGCCGGAUGAAGUGCUCACCAGCUUCCAGAAACGAGAAACGCAGAUUGCACCGUUGGAGGCGCUUGCGGUCGUCUUGGCUUCCCUUCAGUGUCGGGAGGCUCUCGCUGGGGCUGAGGUUUUGUGGUUCAUAGAUAACCAGGCAGUGUGCUCUAGCCUUGUUCGUGGCACAAGCUCAAUCGAUGAUAUGGCUUCGCUUGUGUCAGUGACACAUCUUCUCUGGGCAUCAAUGGGUGCCCGAGUCUGGAUCGAGUGGGUGGACAGCGAGUCCAAUGUUUCGGACGGACUGAGCAGGAGUGGAUGUCACGACGCGUGGACUUGCUCUCAAGACUGGGUGCUCCAGGAGACCACAUGUUUACCAUGGCAGAGCUUUCAGCAUUUGCCUCUUCUCCAGUUGUCGGAGGCCUUGUUACAUUGGGCGGAUGAUGCAUUGGGGUGA